GGAUAUUUGGAUACUUGGGCACACAGGUCGUCUUCGAGGCGAGUGUCGAGGAAGCGCUGACGGGGCGCAAGCAGAACGCCAGCGGACCCAACCACACCACCCGCAUCUCGAGGAGCGACUUCGAAAUCAAGUUCGUGGACACGCCGUUCGAGUUCACGCCCGGGCAGCCGUUUCUUGCCAAGGUGGCAGUGACCGACCUGCUCGGCGCUCCAGUCCAGGACGACAAGCAUGCCGUGAUCCUGCAAAUCUGGCCCGAUCAUGAGUGGAAAACUCCAAAGGUCCUCGAGAAGAAGAUGCUUUCCAACGGCAUCGUGACCUUGGAGUUGAAGCCGGAGAUCGACUGGUACUUCCUCAAAGUUCAGGCAAUCUACAAGGAACACACUUGCUCUCAGACUUCGAAGCGUGGCAUUGCCUUGUUCGACACAGACGCUCAACUCGUUACCAAAAUCACCAACAAGUGUCCCCAGCUUGGAGACGACAUCGAGCUUCACGUCAAGAGCAAGGCCCUGCGCAAAGUCACCGUGCUGGUGGUCGGCCCGCUCGGCGUCGAGGAGGUGCAGACCGUGCAGACGCUCCUGGGACAGGAGGGGUGGAGGGAGGCCGUCGUUCGCUUCAAGGCCACGGAGUACAUGGCGCCGGCCUCGCGCGUCCUGGUGCACGGCGUCGGCGACGACGGCGAGCUCUACCUGGACGCGGCGGCUCUCGAGCUGGCGGGGCCGUUCACGCCGCUGGUGGAGGUGCGCGUGGACCCCGGCCGCUCCGAGCCCGGGCGCGACGUGGCGGUGCAGGUGGCGGCCGCGCCCAACGCCAGGGUGGCGCUGCUGGCCGUCGACCAGAGCGCGCUGCUGCUCGCCGGAGAGGACGCCCGCAACGGCAUCUCGCACGACGACCUGCGCGCCGAGCGGCUGACCUUCAACACCAGCGGCUCUGCCUGUGGUUUUCGGAAGAGUCUGUGGCCAAAAUCCACCUUGAGGAUGGCCGGCAUGGCGUGCCUGACCAACACUUCUUCAGUCGAGGAGUACUCGGAGGAUGCAAGGAAAAGGUUCAGGUCCAGACGCGCCCCCGCAACCAGAGGGAUGUACCGAGGUGGAGGGAGUGAUGACGAAUCAUCCAUAGAAAGAGACAGAUCCAGAGGCGGCGACGACGACGACGACGAAUGCAUUGGUGCCUGCCCGGAACCGAGGCUGCGGAGCGUUUUCCCCGAGACCUGGCUGUGGCAAGAAAUCGACGCGGGAGCCGACGGGCGUGCGGUCCUGGAGGCGGCCGUUCCGGACACCAUCACGUCGUGGGUCGUGUCCGCGCUCGCCGUGGACCCAGUUCACGGCCUGGGGCUCAGCGACACGAGCAAGCUCACCGUGUUCAGGCCUUUCUUCGCCUCCCUGAGCCUGCCGUACUCGGUGAUCCGCGGCGAGACGGUCGAGGUGCCCGUCCUGGUCUUCAACUACCUGGCCGAGCCCACGACGGCCACCGUCACGAUGACCAACGACCGCGGCGAGUUCGACUUCGUGGAGGGCGGGCGCAGCGCGACCAGGACGGUGGCGGUGGCCGCGCAGGGCUCUGCCUCCGUCUGCUUCAACAUCACCGCCAUCAAGGUGGGCAGCGUGCUGCUGCGGGUGACGGCCAGGUCGGACUCGGCGGGCGACGCCCUGGAGCUGCCCCUCAAGGUGAAGGCGGAGGGUGAGACGCAGUACAGGAACAGGGCCAUCCCCAUCGACCUCAGCAAGCGAAAGGCGUUCAACGCCGUCGUCAGGAUAGACAUGCCUGGCGCGGUGCCCGACUCGGAGAACAUCCAAGUGUCUGCCAUCGGAGAUAUUCUCGGUCCGAGCACUGCCAACCUAGACAGCCUGAUCAGAAGACCUUAUGGCUGUGGCGAACAGAACAUGCUGAACUUUGUUCCCAACAUUGUCAUCACGACAUACCUGAAGCGCACAGGCCGCUCCAACCCGCUGGUGGAGGCCAAGGCUCGCAGCUUCUCGGAGAUCGGCUACCAGAAGGAGCUCACCUACCGCCACGACGACGGGUCCUUUAGCGCGUUCGGUGAACACGACGAGAGUGGCAGCACCUGGCUGACGGCGUUCGUAGCCAUGUCAUUCGCCCUGGCGCGCGCCUCGGCGCUGGUGCAAGUGGACCUUCGCGUGGUGCAGCAGGCGCUGGCCUGGCUGGCCAAGCAGCAGGCCAAAGACGGCUCCUUCCCGGAGGUGGGCUCGGUGUUCCAGCGAGACAUGCAGGGCGGCGCGGCCAAGGGACUCGCGCUCACCGCCUACGUGCUCACCGCCUUCCUGCAAGAUAAGGAUCUGGCCGGGAAGCACAAGGACACCGUCGGGAAGGCCGUCCAGUACCUGGUGGACAACUUGGAGUGCCUCGACGAACCCUACGCCAUCGCCGUCACCACGCACGCACUGCACGUGGCCGACCACCCCGCCAAGGACAAGGCCUUCGCGAUGCUGGAGGCCAGGGCGGUCACCAAGGCCGGGCUCCGCUUCUGGAGCAAGCCCCGGGAGAAGGACUUGCAGCCCAACUCGCUGGACGUGGAGAUGACGGCGUACGCCCUGAUGACCUACGUCUCCCGCCGCCUCCUGGGCGAGGCAAUGCCGAUCAUGCAGUGGCUCAUUCACCAGCGCAACUCCAACGGCGGCUUCCCGUCGACCCAGGACACCGUCGUGGGACUGCGGGCGCUCGCGUCCAUGGCGGAGCUGAUCUCGUUCCCGCUCGGGGACAUGACGGUCAGGUUCAAGCACCGGGGCCGGGGUGAGGCGACCAUGGCCGUCAACAGCAAGACCAGCAUGGUGUUGCAGAAGGAAGAGCUGCCCCGCGACGUGCGCGAGGUUGAGGUGGACGCAGAGGGCGCCGGCUUCGCCCUGGCGCAGGUGUCCUGGAGCUUCAACGAGAACACGCCGACCGAGUACCCCUUGUUCCACCUCAAGGUCACCGUGGGCGAGACCACGAGGCCUCAUCUGCUGGCGCUUUCCAUCAUCUCAAGCUUCAUCGGAGGGUCGUGGGGCACCGAGAGCAACAUGACCGUGGUGGAGGUGACGCUGCCGUCCGGCUUCACUACGGACCAGGACACGAUGGCCGCCCUCCGCGCCAACGAGGACGUCCGCCGCGCCGAGACCAAGGACAAGGACACCGUCGUCGUCCUGUACUUCGACAAGAUGGACUCCAAGAGGGAGUACUGCGUGGACGUGUCUGCCGUCCGGACGCACCUCGUGACCCAACUUAAGCCGGUGCCCAUUACAGUCUACGACUACUACGACCAGAGCAGGCAAGCACGAGUCUUCUACGACCUUUCCCGACCUGUGUGACUGGAAAUCUGUAAUGCUUUUUCCGCCAGCCGUUAGACAUAUUUGUUACAUUUUUGUGUGCCUUUGGGUGUACCAUCGUUGAAUAAAAGUAUAAACUCUC